AUGAAUACCGACGUGGUUAUUGUUGGCGGUGGCCCAUCGGGCCUCACUCUAGGGCUUGCUCUGGCAAGACACCAGGUUAAAUCCAUUAUACUUGAGAAAGAGCAUGAGAUCACGCAGGAUCCUCGAGGAGUCGUGCUCACAGGUGAUGCUCUUCGAAGCCUAUGGACCCUAGGCCUGGGGAAGCAUGUCUCCUCGAUAGGGCAGGAGCUACACUCCCUGAAUUUUCAUACGACUACCCAUCAGAACGAACCUUUUUACAGGACCAUGCUUGACUCGGACGUGCUGGAACAUGCUCUGCCGUGUACCAUCCUGCAGAGUCAACCGCGGCUGGAGUAUUUCCUUAGGCACUUGGUAGCCUCCUCCGAAUAUUGCACCCUCCAAUCAGGUUGCGAAGUGGUUAGUCGUGACGAGCAGGCCAACGGAGUGACGGUCCACUACCUCGAUAGCGACAAAACACCUCACCAAAUCCACGCCGCGUGGCUGGUCGGAGCAGAUGGGAAACGAGGCGUCGUCCGCAAACACUUCCUCGAGCCUUCCGCUGGUGUCCGCCAGGAAACCGGGAUCUUCGAGUACGAAGGUAUUUGGAUAGCAGCAAACCUCAAAAUCACUCUUCCAACGCCACAAAGCCACCCCGACCUUGCACUCUGGACAGCUGGACUUGACCCAGAGUCGGUAUAUGACCUCUUCUGGCCGGCCAACUGGCACUUCUGCCGGCCACCUGGAAAGCCGGUGGCCUGUGGUCGGUUUGGUCCGCAUUCAGAUCGACUGUGGCGUCAUGAGUUUGCGGUGCCUGAGUGGAACGAUUCGAUGGAUGCAAGUGCCAAAUUCUGGGAGCAUCUCACUCCGCUUAUCACACGAAAGAUCCGGCCGCUUCACAGCGGCUGCCCUGUAGAGGUAACUUUUCCUAGGGAUUGUAUUGAGGUGCUUCGCUGUCGUCCCUUCCGCUUCAGUCACCGCGUCGUUAAUAAAUGGUUUGCCGAGCGGACCAUGCUAAUUGGAGACGCGGCACACGUAUUCCCGCCAUUCGGUGGGCAAGGAGUGGCAUGUGGUGUUCAGGAUGCGCUUGGGCUAGCCUGGCGACUUGCCAUUCUCACCAAGGUGGGCUCUCUUGCGCACUCACGGACUCUGCGGGAAUCUCUUCUUCAGGCCUGGGCGGAUGAACGUCGAAUGGGCACGGACAAUUCAGCCCGGCUAACCCGGCAGAACGGCGAGUUGUGCAACAAAGAAGGUUCAUGGUCGUUAUCGGUGCAGCUCGCCUGUCUGAACGUUGCCGAUGCUUUCCUCGGGGCUCUGGGUAUACGUCUCGGGCCGUUCAGAGCAGAUAGCCAAGGGUACCGCGGCUGUGUCGGGGGUGGCUUCUCUACCGAGGACGGCGGAGGGAUCAAGCUGGGCCAGGUCUACGUGCAAACACGUCUUCCUGAUAGCUCGACCCUGAGAGUUGAGCUGUCUGACCAGGCUCUGCGGCACGUUCCUACCAUCUUGACUCUUCUUGUCGUCGCCCCCAUCCAGUGCUCUGAAAUGGACCAGGAACUCAUCGCUCUCCAUAAGGUGCUGCGGCAGUCUAAAAUGGACCCUGCAGUGUUAUCGGAGCAGUCAAUUGUGCAGUUCGACCCUUCCGACUCGUCAGACCACCUCCCUAGUGCGAGCCGGUGGCCGGUUUGUCGUGUAGCCCCGGCGGACCUUCUUAUUGGGUACCCCGUCCGUCCAGGAUAUAGCUCUGGGCAGUUCAUGCGUCGCCUGGGUGACCCUCGCGCUCGAUAUGUGAUUUUGAGGCCGGAUAAUAUUGUUAUUGCCAUGAGCAGAGACCUAGGUGGCCUCAAGGGUAGCUUGGACGCGCUGGAAAGGAACCUUUCUUAG